ACAAGAUUACUCUGAUUCUGCAGGCUUUUAGGAAGCAAAGGAUUUAUCCCGAUUCUUCCAAAAUGCUGAAUGAACAGAUUCAAAAUGCUGAAGGAGAUAAUGGAUUGAUUCAACGUUCAUGGCUGACUGCCUUGUCAAGUUUUAGCUGCCAGAGAUAAUUACUGUUUCCUAGUUUGCAAAUUUAGUUUGCUAACAAUGGCUGGAGGAGCGAUUGUUAACAUCCCAGUGAUUGAAAUGGUUCAGCCUGAAUCUGUUGAUUCAAGAAGGAUAGGUUUCCACAAUGGAGUACCCAUUCUUUCCCGCUAUCUCAGAGAUCCAAAAGGUUCCUGCCAUGACAUUUGUAAAUAUGGAAUGAGGUACACUGGUGAAGAAACAAAUUCAUCUAGUCCCACGUCAAGAAAAAUUAUAGCAGCACGAGCUGAAGGCCAGAAUAUGGACAGGGCUGAAAUUAUUACCAUUGAGAAAAAGAAAAAAAAUGAUGUUAGUUUUAAGCCUUCUUCUCAUUCCGAAACCCAGGUGCCUGAUAAUCUUGUUGUCAUCAAUACAGCAACAGGGCAAGGUCAAGGCCAAAAUCUUGAAAUGAAUGUACACAAUCGUAUGGACAGAAAGAAGAAAUGCAGUCCCAAGCAUCCUCCUGAUCCUAGAAUGAAGAGAGUCAUUGAUCCUUUUGUCAUCAAGAGUGCACUAAAACAAGAUGAAGGUCAGAACCUGGAGAUUGCAGAAUUGAAUUUAUUAGACAGAAAGAAGAAAUCAAGAACUAGUCGUAAGCCUUCUCCUGAUAGUGUAACUUUUGUAGUUGAUGAUCCUGCUAUCAUCAAUGCUACAUCGUUGCAAAGUGGAGGCCAACAUCUGGAAAAGGCUGAUAAUACUUCAUCUGAGAGAAAGAAGAAAUCAGGAAGUAGUCUUAAGCCCCCGCCUGAUUCAGAAACCCGGCAAUCUGAUGAUCCUGCUAUUUUUGGUAUUACACAAACGCGGGGUGAAGGCCAGUUCCUUGAAAAGAAAGAAAUUAAUUCUUUGGACAGCGGGAAGAAAUCAGGAUUUAGUCCUAAGCUUUCCCCAGAUUGCAGAACCGUGGAACAUGAUAAUCCUCCUUUUGGCAGGAGUGCACUAUUACAAGAUGAAAGCCAGAACCUGGAGGUAGUUGAAUCUAGUUCAAGGGAGAGAAAUAAGAUUUCAGAAAUCAGUCUUAUGCCUUCUCUUGUUAUCAAACCUUAUGAAACCAAUGAUUGUGCUGUUGUUGAGAUUACACCAAUGCAAGCUGGAUGCCAAAAUCUGGAGAGGGCCCAAGAAAACUUAGCUGAGAGUGGGAAGAAAUCAGAAAAUUUUCUCAAGAGUUCUCCUGAUUCAGAAAACCAGAAACUUGUUGAUCUGGUUGUUACUAACACUAUAUCGACAGAAGGCAGCAAUCAAAUUCUGGAAAAGGCUGAAACUAGUUUCACAGGAAGAAACAAGAGAGAAAUUAGACAUAAGAAUGACUCAAAAGUCCAGGCAAAGGAUGGUCCUGUCAGCAUUGAGCUCACCACAACAGAAGGUGAAGACCGACAUCUGGAAAAAACUAGAACUCAUGUAGCAAAGGGAAAUAAGAAACCAGAAUAUAGAGUAAAGUGCUCUCCUCAAUCCGAAAGCUACAAACCUGUUGGUCCUGUUGACAUCAAAAGAGAGUCUUCAUUGCUGAAAAAUAAAGCAACCGCCUUGUCAAAACAGGUGAGAUCCACUCUCUAUGAAACUGAUGUGUCUAUUGCACAUGCUGCAGACUCAAAAGUGAAGCUUCAAUGGGGGCAGUCUGCUAUUCUGACACAGACAUGUUCAAGUGGUAAAGGAAACACUGAAAGAGGCAAAAGUAAGGAAAUGGGUGCUCGGUCAAUGAAUUCACCAGGAGUUCCAAGCUAUAGAAGCAAAGGUGAGAUCAGAACAAGCAAAGAAAUAAAAGCCUACUGGGAAGUUAAGAAGAAAGGUGCAGCACCAUCAUCUAUUUGUCUAUCUGCCAGAGAAUCUGGAAAUGGAGUUUCAAGCACAAAUGCUACAAACUCCAAGAAUCUAAAAGGAAUUUCUCAUUUGAAGAAUCAUGUGAGUGUUAAGAAUGCUGAAUGCAAGCGGUACAGGGCUGAAGAUGCUAAAAGCUUAAAGAAAGUAAGAGGAGUUUCCCAUUUGAAGAAUCAACAGAAUCUUAGAAGUACUGGAAUUGAACAACCCAGCAGCGAAGGUCUUUCAGAGAAGACUUUGUACAUCACUCAGUCAAAAUCUUUGAACAAAAGUGUGGGAUCGAUUCAAAUUGGCAUCCGUGCCAGCAAUUUGUCAUCGUUGUCACCUUCAUUCUCAGGGGAGAAGAGCAUGAAACGUGCUCCAAAUAGAAUUUCUACUGGCCAUUCACCUGUAUCCUAUGUGAAGAAGAAUAUGACACGCAGGCAAAAUAGAGUUCAAGCUUGUGAAGUGCCUCCACCUCUGUCGCUAUCCGCUGUAAGGAAAGGCUUGAGGCGCACACAAAAUAGAAUCGACAUCACCCAACCAUCUCAAAAAUUGUCAUUGACAUCUUCCAGAGCUGCAUCAUCAAGGUCUUCCCAUGGUGAUGCCUCCUCUGAACAUGAUGAACGUGAUGCCAAAAAGCAAGCAAGGAGCUCCAAAGUGCUAAAUAGGAGUAGGCAUAAGAAAGCUGGAAUACACAUCCCAAAAGAUAAACAGUUGAUAAUAAAACAGAUGAAUUUUAAGAAAGGAAGAGUGAUUGAACUUCAACCUCAGGAUUUCACUCCAAGGAGGCUCAAGUUCAGGCAAAGAAUGCCUGUUGGCAGUAAAAAUGUUGACAACCAAAAUGUUAAAGAUGAUGUCAGAAGUAUCAACUCCGUGGAUUUCACCGCACAGAGACUCAAGUUCAAGCGAAGAAUGCAUGUUGAUAAUAAAAAUAGUUAUAGCCAGAAUGUUAAAGGUGAUGGCACAGAUGCAUACUCAAUAGGAAAAAAUGUGGAGGGGAUGGUGGAUGAAAAGAAAGAAUCAGGGGGUUUGCUCAACAAUGUGAUUGAAGAAACAGCAAGCAAGCUGGUGGAGGCCAGGAGGAGUAAGGUCAGGGCAUUGGUUGGUGCUUUUGAAAGUGUUUUCUCCCUUCUGGAUACCAAGACAGUGACAAUUACUAGUCCGCGUUGAGUUACCAAAGAUUUCUUUCAUCUCUGCUGCUUCACUGGAUCUGCAUAUGCCAUGUAGAUUGUAUGCUUAUGCUUGUAUAUAACUCUUCUUCAUUGUCAAAGUUUACCCAUUAUUCCUUGCUCGAUUUAUUUCUGUUGCACCAAGAUUUGCUCCUUA